AUAACCCGGAAGCGCUCAUAUAGUUGAUUGACACACGCUUUUGUUAGCGCGUGUAUGCACAAAUGUGCAGCUAGUGGGGAAAUACUUCGGUUAAAUACACUAAAGCUUAUUCUUCAAUGGAGCUGGUGAACCAGGUGUUGGUGCAGUAUCCAGAGCUGCUGUACAGUGGCGUCGGGGUCGCGGCUUGUCUCAGCGGCGGCGCGCUUAUAUACAACAUCACGAACAGGAAGAAACCAACACAUGUGAAGGUGAAUUGUUGGUUUUGUAAUCAGGACACGGAGGUUCCGUAUGGAAACAGGAACUGCUGGGACUGUCCUUACUGUGAGCAGUACAACGGCUUCCAAGAGAAUGGCGACUAUAACAAACCAAUCCCCGCGCAAUAUAUGGAGCACCUUAACCACGGAGUGUCGGCCGGCCUACCUGUGUCUGAAGCCCCCAAGACUUUGCAGUGGGUAAACUGCCAAAUGCUGCUGUGUAAGAAAUGUAACAACCACCAGACAGUGAAGAUUAAACAACUGGCAUCAUUCAGUCCCAGAGAAGAGGACAAUUACGAUGAAGAGAUUGAGGUGUACAAGCAUCAUCUUGAGCAAACGUACAAAUUGUGCAGGCCGUGUCAGACUGCAGUGGAGUACUACAUCAAGCACCAGAACAGGCAGCUGAGAGCUCUGCUCCUUAACCACCAGCUCAGACGCAGCCGAGAUGCAGACAAGGCCUUUGUUACGAGCUCCUUCACAGUCUCCACUCCUGCUUGGCUUGUGAUGCUGAGAACCAUGGCUUUCCUCACUUGUGCUUUUCUGGUCGCCCUGGUUGUGUACGGAUCUGGAGACUUAUCCUCCCUAAAUGACAGCUCUCACAUCCCGAAGGGAGGAGUCGCACCCCUUAAACACACUCUCCAAAAUGACACAGAAGCCAAGGUCAAUGACAGCAGCAAAAGCGGGCAGAUGUGGAGCGAUCUGGUGGGCCUUCUUCCAGAGGAGGCAGUAGAGAACGCUAAGCUGAUCUGGGAGUCUGGAAGCAACCAUCAGAUGGCUGUCGCUUCAUUCGGCCUUUUGACAUGCAUCACCGGUGUCCUAAUGGCAGGACCCGUCAGGUUAAGAAGAAUUGAUGCCUUUGCUUCUUUCCUCUGGCUCCUCGUGUUAUGCCUGUACUCCGUUGAGUUUUACUUGAAGACGGACAUCCCCCAUUGGCUGGACGCAAUCAAGCUUGGCGCCACCUCCUUGUGUUGCUUGGUCGGAUUCGCCGCAGCCGUGGCCACGCGCAAGCCAACGAGUCAGAGAAGAUCCAGAGGCCGCAGGUAUCUGUCUGGCAGUUCUUUUGGGAUGUACUGCAGUGGUCAGUCCCCGGUGGUGUCUGGAUCGUCUGCUUUCAUCCCCACUCCUCCUCCCAACCUGGCACAACUUCUAGCUCACCAACAAAGCCAGAAAACCCGUAGAGCAUCACCCUCCUCGCUGCCAGGUCGUCUCAACAGAGCCCUCUCAUUGGGCACCAUGCCAACCCUCGCCAGGCAAGAUUCUGGUUUCCUGUUCAGCGGGAGUAGGCCAUCAUCACAAUGCAAAGACUCCCCACCUUCAGAUUAUUUCUCUCUGAAGUCAGGAAGUCGGCCAUCGUCCCCUGCUCCCUCCCCCACACCGUCUGUGGCAAGUUCAGUCACAUCCUCCUCCAGCUCAGCCAGGCAGCGGAGGCCGCUUAUCAGUCCAGCAAGACUCAACAUCAGCGGGCAGAAGCUUCAGCUUUUCUCCUCUCCUCUGGAAUCCAGGAGUCUUUCACCUCCACCGCCAUGCUUGUCAGAACCGAACUACUUCAAUAGUAGAGCUGUUAUGCCUGAUGUUCCUCAUUUCCCCUCAAACAAUCAUGACUUGGGUUCACUGUUUGAAGAUGGCAGUGUCUUUGAACAUGGGAAAAACAAAAUGAGCAGCUCUUCAGGGUCAUCCAACUGCCGUGUGGACACAACCACAGGGAAUGAAAAUGACAGCAAAUCCAAAUGGCAAGGUUGUUUUGGAAAGUCCAUAUGGCCGGGUCUUUUGGUCACCAGCUUAACUGCCAACUUAACCUUUAUAUCAUUUUAUCUUUACUACAACUGGAGAUGAGUGGUGUUCAAAUAUCAAGCUCACAAAUGUCUCCAAAUGUGAUGUACACUGGGUUUAGGUGCUUUCACCCAUUUUUAGGCUGGAAAGACCUACAAAGUAUUUAUGCUACUGGAAGCUGUUUUUGCUGCAUUGUCUGCAUAUUCUGUGAUCCAACAGGAAGCACAUUUUAUGCUGGGUCAGAUUUUGAAACACCUAAAUAAACUAACUGAUAUCAUGUACCAGUUAAGUUCUGCUCACAAAUGGAAGAGAGCAUCCCUUCAUGCCCAAAACCAUAAGAGCUUUUCUAAACAUUUGCUCUUACAAAAUGCUUUCAUAUAGAUGUCUGAAAUAAAGCAGCACGUUGCAAUUAAUCGAAGAGAAUCAGCCUUUGUGGUUUAUCUUACCUGUGAAUACAGCAGGGUACAUGAGGUACCGUUGUGCUGUAUAAUAAUCUUUAAGUGGAAUGCUGUAUGAUCGUGCUCAUACAUAUAUUUUCGGUAAAAACCUGUUGUAAGUAUGAAACAUUAUGGUAAAACCAUAAGUUCAAUGCACUGAACAGUUCUAAACAUUGGGUAACUUUUUCUAUACCAGUGAGCACUCCUACACCAGCAAGUGUGUGCAUAGCUAUAUGUGUCGAUAUUUUGUACUUGCAUUAAACUACACUACAAUUACACCUAAUUUCAACAUGUACGUAUUGGGUUUCGGUAAAACUCCGAUUUGAGAUGAAUAGAUUAAGUUUAUUAGGUGUCUUCAUGAAGGACUUGAUCUAAAAAGAAGUUACUUUGUGUUUAGAUUCAAAAUGAAGAUAAAUGUGCUGUACAUUGUUCUAUGGAAAUACAGCUGUUUCUUUUUCUUUCAAUUUAUCAUUUCAUUUUUUUCACUGCACACAAUUCAUGGCAAGGACUUGAAGUUGUUUGGUGGGUAUGGAUUUAUACAGUGUGAAUGUGAAUAGUGAAUUUUAAAUUGAUAGCCAUGGGUGUGUUGAAAAAUAAAUACACUGUAUGUUAAUAAAGUAGUCCAACAAACCCUGGUUACAGUUUAUCUUUGCUACAUCAAUGAAAUUUGCCUACUUUUGCAUGCUCUGUGUAUGUAUGUAUGUAUGUAUGUAUGUAUGUAUGUAAGUAAUGUAGGUUCUGUUAUAUUAUCAUCUGUAAAUCAAGUUGUGAGAGAUUUUUUUUUGUCCCUAACAAAUUAAAUUUAGAUAAAUUGGAUACAUUUUUAUUUAUAGGCUAAAAUUUCAGGUUUCAAAUUUGCGUGCCAUUCAUAGAAGAAUAUUUUUAUGAUUUUUAAGAUUUUUAUGUUUGGUGAUUUAUUUUAUGGUCAUUUAUUUUCCUGGAAUUGAUUUUGCUCUCUGACUAAAAACACUCAAUGUUUUGUGAGCAGUGAUGUCUCAAGUGUUUAAAGGUCUGGGUUUUUGAUUGGAAGCUUUGGGUUCAAGCCCCAGCACCUCCAAGCUACCACUGUUGGGCAACUGACCAGGGAGGUUAAGCGUCUCUGCUCCAGGGUUUUCUGCUCUGCUGUAAUGUAUGUGUGGUGAUAAUAAAGGCUUCUAGAUAGUGGUA